GCCGGUGCGCCAGCGGGCCGGACGAGGGCGAUGGCGCCGGUGCCUGGGCCGCGAAGGAAGGGGGCGGCGGGGGCGACGGGGACAGGGCAAGCCCUCGUGCCCCGGAGCCUGCGCCGGGCCUGGCAGGAGAAGCACCUGGUGCUCUUCGAGCCGCGCUUCACCCCGCUGGUGGCCGCGUGCCUCUGCGUGGCCGAAGUGGGGGUCAACCUCUGGGUCAUCCAGAGGGUGGCAUAUACCGAGAUCGACUGGAAAGCCUACAUGGAUGAGGUGGAGGGUGUUGUGAAUGGGACCCUGGAUUACACCCAACUAAAGGGGGACACAGGCCCUCUUGUGUACCCUGCUGGCUUUGUUUAUAUUUUCAUGGGUCUGUAUUAUGCCACUGGCCGAGGCACCAACAUCCGCCUGGCGCAGUACUUCUUCGCCGCCCUGUACCUCGCCACCCUGCUGCUUGUUUUCCGCAUCUAUAGCCGCACCAAUAAGGUCCCUCCCUACGUGUUCUUUUUCAUGUGCUGUGCCUCCUACCGCAUCCAUUCCAUUUUCGUCCUGCGCCUCUUCAAUGACCCAGUGGCCAUGGUGAUCCUGUUCCUGGCUGUCAACCUCUUCCUGGAGGACUGCUGGUCCUGGGGCUGCUUCUGCUUCAGCCUGGCUGUGUCUGUGAAGAUGAACAUCCUCCUCUUUGCUCCGGGGCUCCUUUUCCUCCUCCUCCGGCGCUUUGGCCUGCAAGGAGCUCUUCCGAAGCUUGCUAUCUGCGUAGUCCUGCAGGUCACCCUGGGCUUGCCUUUCCUGAUGGAGAACCCUGUGGGCUAUGUGGCCCGUUCCUUUGACUUGGGCCGCCAGUUCCUCUUCAAGUGGACUGUGAAUUGGCGGUUCUUGCCUGAAGAGGUUUUCCAACACCGGGCUUUUCACCUGGCACUGUUGACCCUCCACCUGACGGUCCUGGCUUUCUUUGCACUGAACAGGUGGCACAGAUCUGAUGAAAACAUCUUGUACCUGUUAAAGGACCCAGCUAAGAGGAAGGACCAUCCAGAACCCCUUUCAGCAAAUCAGGUUGUUUUUACUCUCUUUUCUUCUAACUUCAUUGGAAUUUGCUUCAGCCGCUCCUUGCAUUACCAGUUCUAUGUUUGGUAUUUCCAUACUCUGCCCUACCUGCUCUGGUGCACACCACCCAAGAAGCUUGCCCACCUACUAAAGGUGCUUAUUCUAGGUUUAGUUGAGCUCUCGUGGAAUACAUAUCCCUCAACGGUUUACAGUUCAGCUUCUCUCCAUGUGUGUCAUGGAAUCAUCCUUCUGCAGCUCUGGUAUGGGAUGACAUCUUCUCAGGAAGAGAAGCAGCAGUUGAAAAAGGUGGAAUGAAAAUGAAUCCAAAAUGGGACAAUAUAAUCUGGACUAAGAUUGGACAUUGCUGAGAACAACUGAUGAGGGCUGUUCACAGACCUUCCUGAUGCUCAGGGUGAUGCGCUGCGUUUGCUGUGGCUAAAGGGUGGUACAGAAUGGGAAUCAGCAGAGUUAAUCUUCCCCCCAAAGAUAAUGUGGAAUAUCUUCAAUAAAGGACAGUGAUGGUUUGA